AGCUCACGCCAUAAACGUAGUCCACACAGUCCCUUUUUUUCUGUUCUUUUCCAUCUACACAAAACAUCUUUUCCCUUUCUUCUCUCUGUUUUCACACCAUCAAAAAACAAGAACAUUUAGUACUUUCAUCACCUUCUUGUCUUUUUAGCGUCCAUCACAUAUAUAAACGUAUUUUCUGUUUUACAAUCCUGAAUCCACUAAGCCGAACAAACGCUGGUGAGUCUAUUCUCUCAUUUCGAUUUCUACAUCCCCCUGCAUUUACCGCAUUGCUUUUGUUUGCAUCUUGUGUUUUUUUCUUCUCGUCACAACCAACACAUCCAACACGACCAGAGCAGGCUAAAAGGAAAAAUGCAGCCCAAUCGCAUUACGAAGCUCUUCGGCACGAAGUACCCAAUCGUGCAGGGUGGCAUGAUCUGGUGCGGUGGGUGGCGCCUGGCUUCUGCCGUGAGCAACGCCGGCGGCCUUGGCCUUGUCAGUGCGGGGUCGAUGAAUUUCGACGUGUUCCAGCAUCACGUCAGCCGCUGCAAAGAGGCGACCAAGAAGCCGUUUGGCGUGAACAUUUCUCUUACAGGCGAUAUGUCGCAGCACAUGGAGUACGUCAUCGACCAGAAGGUGCCGAUCGUGUUCACGAGCGCUGGCAGCCCGAAGCUGUGGACGCAGAAGCUGCAGGGUCACGGCAUCAAGGUCGUGCACGUCGUGCCGAGCUGCAAGCUGGCCUUGAAGUGCGAGGCGGCGGGGGUGAACGCCGUGGUGGCCGAGGGCUUUGAGGCCGGCGGCCACAACGGGCUGGAGGAGAUCACAACGAUGACGCUCAUCCCCCAGGUGCGGCAGGCGCUAUCACCGGAGAUCCCCCUGCUCGCUGCCGGCGGUAUCGCGACUGGCAGUGCGAUGCUGGCGGCCAUGGCUCUCGGCGCGGACGGUGUGCAGGUGGGCACGCGGUUCGCAGUCACCAAGGAGAGCUCUGCGGCGGAGGCAUUCAAGAAGCGCUGUACAACAGCGGGUGAGGCUGACACGUGGCUGACGCUGAAGCAGCUCAUGCCGACUCGCAUGAUUCUGAACGAAUACGGCAAGGAAGCCCGACAGCUUUCUGAUUCCGGCGCCUCGAAGGAGCAGCUCGCCGAGUUCCGCGGCAAGGGCCGCACACGGAGGGGCAUGUUCGACGGCGACGUCAACAAGGGCGAGCUUGAGAUCGGCCAAAUCGUCUCCAUGUGCAAGGAUAUCCCAAGCGCGGCGGAGGUGGUAGAGCGGAUGGUGAAGGAGUUCGCCGACUGCAACGCGCAGCUGUCAAAGAUUAAACUGUAA